AUGGGCGGAGGCGGCAAGAUCCCGUAUCCCAAGGAAGUCUGGUCUCCUGCCGGAGGCUGGUAUUCUCGGCCUGCGAACUGGAGGCUCAACACUGCCAUUAUUGGCGCCGGCAUGCUCGGAGUUGUCGCUGCGACUUGGAGUCUUAGCGCCGAGCGCGAGCACCGCGACAAGAUGCCCGAGCCGGGCAGAUUCUUCCCCAGUCGCUACUGGAGCCGACAGAUCGUUGAACACGAAAGACAACAAGCCGCUGCGAAGCAAGACUCAUAA